UUUGUUCUUACCUUGGCUUAAAGGUGCUGAAGUUGGGCUGCAUUUGAAAUAAAAAGGGGGGGCUGUAAACACCACCAGUUGCUGCUUGUUUGGAAUGGAGUGAGGAUCAUCAUAGUCUACAUCACCAGUAUGCCAUCCCCUGAUCUCAUCCUGGUGACCACUGUCUUUAUGGCCUCCGUUAUUACACUGACUUCUGCUGCCAGGACCACACAUUGGCCCAAACCUCAGAACAUCAACAAGCCUCCACAAACUGGGACCAUUGGUUUAGGUGGGGGAGGAAGGUUUGGACCGAUUGCUACAAAAGCCCCCUCUCCUUCCAACAGCCUGCACACAGAAGGAGCAACUGGGAUUAUGACUGAUGCAUACUCCCUGUCCCCUACGGACAGCAGCACCUUCAACAGUAACACCUUCCAGGCUGAGUAUCACACUGAUGCAAUGCCACCCCCUGGAAACACCCAUGGGAAUUAUUCUUUUGACUAUAAUGAAUGCUUCUUCAAUGUCUGUGAGUGCUGCCCACCCGAAAAAGGUCCCAAAGGGCCGACUGGAGAGAGAGGGCCACCAGGGCCGUCGGGGGAAAGUGGUCCUCCAGGGUUGCCAGGGGAAAAAGGAGAAACAGGACCCCAGGGGCCUCCAGGACCAACUGGAUUACCUGGGCUCAAUGGAUUAAAUGGCAACAAAGGUGAAAAGGGUGAUCAUGGGCCGAUGGGUCAACCAGGCUCUCAUGGUAUCCCAGGAAAACCUGGAGAGAAAGGUGAUUUUGGCCCCAAAGGAGAAAAGGGGGAAAAUGGGAUCCAUGGGCUGAAAGGAGACCCAGGAGAGAAAGGAGAGCCUGGCUACAAUGGAACUAAAGGCACUGUUGGCCCCAUGGGUCCCCCAGGACCAGCUGGGACAAAGGGUCAGAAAGGUGAACAGGGACGUCUGGGAGAGUGUUUACUUGGUGAGAGGGGGGAGAAAGGUGAUGUUGGUGAUCCUGGGCCCCCUGGUCCAAGAGGUGAGAUGGGCCCUCCUGGAGCAAAUGGGACUGACGGUGUAAAAGGGGAAAGGGGGGUACCAGGAGAGAAGGGAGACAGUGGUGCUAGAGGGCCUCCAGGUGCAAGGGGAAUGGCAGGAAUUAGGGGAGAGAGGGGCGCUAAAGGUGUACGUGGCCCUCGGGGCCCAAAAGGCAACCCAGGUGAGAGAUUAGAGCCAAUUCGCUCUGCUUUUAGUGUGGGUUUGUUCCCAAGCAGGUCAUUUCCGCCUCCUGGACUGCCUGUGAAGUUUGAUAAGAUCUUUUAUAAUGGGGAUGGGAACUGGGACCCAGCACUGCACAAGUUCAACGUCACUCACUCAGGAGUCUACCUGCUCACUUAUCACAUCACGGUGCGUAACCGGCCCCUGCGGGUGGCCUUGGUGGUUAAUGGGAUGCGGAAGGUGAGGUCACGAGAUUCUCUUUACGGCCAGGACAUUGAUCAGGCUUCCAACCUUGUGCUGAUUCAGCUCAGCGAGGGCGACCAGGUGUGGCUGGAGACUCUGAGAGACUGGAACGGGGUUUACUCCAGCAGUGAGGAUGACAGCACCUUCUCUGGCUUCCUGAUUUAUCCAGACUUAAAUGUAAAACCAAACUCAAUGAAAAAUGAUUGAAUACAUCUUCUAUUGCUUUUUUUGUUGCUAGCUUCUUUUCCAAGUGCUGUAUUUUUUAGAAGCUGAGCUCUUAGCUUGCAUGAUUCACUGUACUAGGGCAUUGAGAGAAGAAGAAUCGUCAUUAUAUUGAUCAUUGUGCAUUAAAAUUACACUGCUUGAA